CGUGCCCCGCACGCCGCCCGCGGCCACGGCCCGCCGCCCCGGGAUUCCCGCUCGGCGGCCGGGGGACCCAGCUCGCCCCGGGGACCUCGGCGGCGCCCCGAGCCCGCGCCGCGCCGGGCGCUGUAUGCGGGGCCCGAGCCCCGUGCGCCGGCCGGAGCCGCCCCCGCGCCCCGCGCCUCGCGCCCCGCGCCGCCCGUGACCACUUGAUGGGGGUCAACGGCACCGCCGCCGCCGCCGCCGCCGCCGGGCAGCCCAAUGUCUCCUGCGCGUGCAACUGCCAGCGCUCUUUGUUCCCCAGCAUGGAGAUCACGGAGCUGGAGUUCGUGCAGAUAGUGGUCAUCGUGGUGGUGAUGAUGGUAAUGGUGGUGGUGAUCACAUGCCUGCUGAACCACUACAAGCUAUCGGCCCGCUCCUUCAUCAGCCGACACAGCCAGGCCAGGAGGAGAGACGACGGACUGUCCUCAGAAGGAUGCCUGUGGCCCUCAGAGAGUACGGUGUCGGCCGGAAUGUCAGAGCCGCAGGUCUAUGUCCCUCCUCGACCCACUGACCGCCUGGCUGUGCCCCCUUUCGUCCAGCGGAGCCGUUUCCAGCCCACCUACCCCUACCUGCAGCAGGAGAUUGCCCUGCCACCUACCAUCUCACUGUCUGAUGGGGAGGAGCCCCCACCCUACCAGGGUCCCUGCACCCUCCAGCUCCGGGACCCUGAACAACAGCUGGAGCUGAACCGAGAGUCUGUGCGCGCACCUCCCAAUCGGACCAUCUUUGACAGCGACCUUAUGGACAGCACCAUGCUGGGAGGCCCUUGCCCCCCCAGCAGUAACUCGGGCAUCAGUGCUACCUGCUACGGCAGUGGUGGGCGCAUGGAGGGGCCGCCCCCCACCUACAGCGAGGUCAUCGGUCACUACCCAGGGUCCUCCUUCCAGCACCAGCAGAGUCACGGGCCGCCCUCCCUGCUAGAGGGGACCCGGCUCCAUCACCCUCACAUUGCCCCCCUGGAGAACAAGGAGAAGGAGAAACAAAAAGGUCACCCCCUCUAAGAGUGGGAGCCGGGGCACCUGUAGGCAAAAUGGCAAAAACACUCUGCACUUAAGAGAGAAGAGAGAGGAAGGCAGGGGACACACAGGCCUCGUGGCAUGUGCCAGUUCUCCUCUAUGUGUAUAAAUAUUUACAUGUUUUGUGUGGUCUGAAUGCAGAAGCUCAGAAAGCUUGCAAAAAAAAAAAAAUUACCACAUUUCUUUGUCGAGCCGCGUCUUGAAGGCAGAAGAGAAAACCCUCCACUAGUCUUUUCUCAUUGUUCUUAGUUGAGCUCCGUGCGUGAAUGCUUAAUUUCUUUUUGUUUAUGAUGGUUUCACUUAACUUUAAAGACAUAUUUGCACAAAACCUUUGUUUAAGAUCUGCAAUAUUAUAUAUAUAUAAAUAUCUAUAAGAUAAGAGACACUGUAUGUGGGAGAGCAGGAGUAUUUUUGUACUAGAAGAGGCCUAUUAAAAAAAAGUUGUUUUCUGAACUAGAAGAGAAAAAAAAUGGCAAAUUUUUGAGUGCCAACUCCGAAAGUGUGUAUUACCUUGUAAAGAAAAAAAAACCUACAAAGCAGAGGUUUAGAGCUAUUUAUAUAAAUGUUGAGAUUUUGCACUAUUUUUUAAUAUAAUAUAUCAGUGCUUGUUUGAUGGAAACUUCUAGAGUGUGUUGAGACUUGAAGGAGAAAUGUUGAGUUCAGUCUGAACAGAGCAGUGGAGGUUCCCCUCCGGGUCUCAGAGGGGCCCCCUGUGCAAGAAAGGCAGGCUUCCCAGAGUCCUGCACCUGCAAGCCAGCCGAAUGCUUCUGUCCAGAUCGGCUGUGAGCAGUUACACAUUCCUGCCGAAGGGACCCACAUCGUCCCUCUGGGUUACAGCUGAGUCAGGACUGCCCCCACAGAGGCACCUGAUUUCAGAUGCCUUUCCCAGUAUGAAAAUAAACUGUUACCGAAGGAAUCUUA